AUGGCAAGUAACGGCCAACCGGUCUACUACCGUCCCGGCAGCUUCAUCGCACCAGCAACCGGUGCCUAUGCCGCACCCGGGCAGAUGAUGCCGCAGCCUGCGGGCGCCCCGCAACCGACGGUUCGCAUGGUGCCGAUGGCGCCCACUCCGGCGGGAAUGCCGGCGCCCCUCUCCUUCUCCAGUCGCACACUUGGCCAAGUUGGUGUGCCUCAGGCUCUUCCCCCCGGGGCGCGGGUUAUCCGCACCUCGCAGCCGGCACCCAUGCCCGGCGCGCCGCAGGUCAUGCCUGCGUCCGCGAG